AUGUGUCCCACCGGAACUUCCCUACCACCGUCGAGAAAACCCGCCGAUUUACGAUCGGCAUUUGAUGUCCUCGACGUUGACCGUGAUGGAAAGAUCAGCCACGAUGAUCUAAAGCGUUUUUACGCGGACGCAGGCGACGAGAUCAUCGGAACGAUGAUGAAGGUAGCCGAUUUGAACAAGGACGGCUACGUCGAAUACGAAGAGUUCGAGAACGUUCUGAGGACGAAUAAGAAUGGAAUUAGCAGCUGCGUAAUGGAGGAUGUGUUUAAUGAUAUGGACAGAGACGGCGACGGAAAAGUAGGUCACGGAGACCUCCGGAGUUAUCUUCGGUCGGCGGGAAUUGAAGUCAACGACGAUGAUAUCAAGGCGAUGGUUAGUUUAGGCUCCGGAGAUGAUGAUAACGACGGUGUAACGUUCGAAGGAUUUCUUAAGAUAUUGGCGAUUUGA